AUUUCAGGUGCACUCUCUCUCUCUCUAUAUAUACACACAUUUCUUUUAAGGCUAGCAGGUAUACUGCUGACACAGUCACGCUUGAUAAACAGACCAAGAGGUCCAUUAGGAUCCAUCACAUGGUCCAUGUUGGCUUAAACCGACUAGUAUUUUGUGUAACUGACAAAAGCGAUUCGGAAUGAGUAUUAAUCGACACGAGCCCAGCCCAGCUCGGUUGUGUUCGCUCGUUGACACCCCUACUCCUUUCGCACCCGUUGACUUUCCAUCACCUGCCUCCAACCCCGCACAUCCAAAACUAGUACUCCCGAUUCACGAACAACAAACAAAUCAAUCAAACGCCGACUUUUCCAUGGCCACCUCCUCCGCUGCUUCGCUCGCGAAGCGUUCCUUCCCCUUCAUCGCGCUCUUCUCCCUCGCUUAUCUCCUCCUCACCAAGCGCCGCAUCCUCCCUGCAUCCCCAUCGUCGUCGUUCUCCUCCGAACCCUCGUCGUCGCCUCCCACCAUCGACGACCCCAACUCCCAGGUCGAAUUCGACUUCGCCCCCUUCCUCCGCCUCUACAAGAGCGGCCGCGUCGAGCGCCGCGUCGUCCCCGCCGUCGUCCCCGCCUCCCCCUCCGCCGCCCCCGGCGGCGCCGCCUCCUUCGACGUCGUCCUCGACCCCCUCACCGGCCUCGCCGCGCGCCUCUACUUCCCCGUCCUCCCCAACGCCGCCGCCGGUGAUGGGGAUCCGGAGCCGAAGCUCCCGAUCCUCGUCUACUUCCACGGCGGGGCCUUCGUGGUCGAGUCGGCGUUCUCCCCGACCUACCACCGCUACCUCGACCUCCUCGUCGCCCGGGCGCGGAUCGUCGCCGUGUCCGUGGAGUACCGCCUCGCCCCGGAGCACCCGCUCCCGGCCGCGUACGACGACGCGUGGGCGGCGCUCCGGUGGGCCGCGGCGAACGCCCGCCCGGGGAAGUUCCUCGCGCGGUACGGCGACCCGGGGCGGAUCUUCCUGGCCGGGGUCAGCGCCGGCGGGAACAUCGCCCACAACGCGGCGCUCCGCGUGGGGAACGAGGGGGUGAGGGUCGCGGGGCUGGUGCUCCAAAACCCUUACUUUUGGGGGAAGGAGCCCGUGGCCGGGGAGACGCGGGACGCGGGGGUGCGGGGGAGGUUGGAGAGCACGUGGGGGUUCGUGUGCGCGGGCGCGUACGGGAUCGACCACCCGUACGUGAACCCGAUGGGGGGAACGGGGGAGGGGGAGUGGGGGCGGGGGAUGGGGUGCGGGCGCGUGAUGGUGACGGUGGCGGAGGACGACGUGUUCCGGGCGCGCGGGGUGGCGUACGCCGAGGGGCUGCGGCGGAGCGGGUUCGCCGGGGAGGUCGAGCUCUACGAGACCCGUGGGGAGUGGCACGCCUACUUCCUCACCAAGCUCGAUUCCACCAAGGCCAUGAAGGAGAUCGACGCCGUCAUCGCCUUCAUCAACCGCCCUUGAAGGGAGCUCGAUCCGAGCGUGCGUUUGUACACAUAGUGUAGGUGAGUUUGUUUUUGGCAUUUCGUCGAACACUUUGGCCCCAUUCCGAUACGUUGUAUUUUGUUAAAGAUAAAACUUUUUACAAUGUUUCAGUGUGUCGCCACUCGGCUCAAGCAUUGUUGUAAUAUCUAAGAGAUGUUAGGAUUAUAUUGAAAAAGUAGUUGUAAUUUUACAAUAUUACUGUUUAAGAA